CCGGCACUAGCCAAACCGACCAUGGCCAGCUACGAGCAACCAGGCACAGAAAUCGACGAGUUCCUGCAAUCGAAUCCAGUCGUCAGCGACUUCCUAUCGAGAGAGGGUAGUCACGCACCGCCGCGCGCUGAGGUUUUUAAAGCUAUUCGGGAACAGGUCGCUCAAACGAUAUCGGUCAUCUCACCGGAGGAUAGUUGGAUAUCUGAAUUGGCGGAAUUAGAUCUCGACGAAAGUUGCGAGAACGAUGUCGCGGUAGCUAAGGUUCUCACGAGCUAUCUCUUCAACCGCCCUUGGGUGUUUCACCCUUGGCUGGUCCGACGGAAACUGGAGGGUCUCGAUGAUUGCAAUAAAGCACCUGAUGAGACGAUGCCUUCUACUUCCGAGUCUAGCACAAGACAGAGGUCUAUAAUGGCCUUUGACAACCUGGCGGGACUGGCGGGACUGGCCGAGCCGGAUGGCCUGGAUUCCAAGCGUGUGGGGGUUAACCUCCUGAAAGCCCAUGACAGAAACAACGAGAUACUAGCACAGUCGGAUGCUGUGCUAGGCCUCGCAGGAUUUUCACCUUGGAUCGAGAGGACUACAGCAGAGGAUGAAAAUACAAGUGCCGAAUUACAGCUACCGAGUGAUCUCGAAGACGACUAUGUCAGUCAAUACCGCGGUCAUAUCAACCUCGCUGGGACAUCAUCCAGGCAAUGUGCGAGAGUCUCGUACUCUCGAAGGAACCAGGAUUUCUCUGAAUAUUCCUCUAAAACGACUGUUGCAGCUUCUGUGGACCGUGGCGUUGUGAAUGUCAAGGCACAAGUCAUGAUACUCAAGGGCGUCGUGGGUCCUCUCAAUCAGCUAUUGUUCAUCCGGCACGGAUCGUCCGAGAUCGCGAACCAGGCAGAUGGCGCUGAAAAUUAUACUGAGAUUGUCUCGGUUGAGAUGGAGAAAAUCACGGAACUUGUCAACACAUAUGACGAAAGCAAGAACAUAUUUAGGGGAGAGAUCGAAUCGUUCGGGGAAGGUCAAAAUAGAGCUCGUCAGCGUCUGCUAUUUGGCAUGCUUCCUUUUGUUGUGAGCACUAUAAACCCAGCAUUCUUGCCUAUCGCAGUAGGAGGAUUCCUCUAUAACUUUUUCGGCACAGCCCAUUCCUACCUACAGUCAGACUAUGCUAUUCUACAGGGGUUGGCCCCACUGAUGAAGUCUUUGGAGCCCUUCAUUAAAGCCCUUGGAAUUGGCCAACUAGAUCAGAGCCAGGACUCAAACUCAAAUGUCUUUGAGCUUCGAAUUUUGCAUCUCACUGCUGUGGUAGUGCAAGCACUUAGCUUGAUCGUUCAGUCAUAUUUGCGGCGGUCAAAGACACCUUUUCGCUUCGAAUUCUUAACGACUCCUAUUUAUGAUUUUGUUCUCGAAGGUGCAAUUCCUAUCUGGCAUGCUACAAAGCUCUACGCAUCUUCACAAAAUCUUUCUUGCUUGGGCGAUAUGCUCCGAAAGGAGGUUCUGGUCUUCGGGCUCAAGGAGCAGCUGCCACAAGAACGGCUGGAUGUUAUUGCAACGCCAGCACAGGUGGCUGCUAUGUGGGGACCGGCAGAGUUCGUCAUUGAACGGAGUACAUCCGAGGGAAUGGCUUUAUCUGGCAUUAAGAUCCACGGCGGAAUUAUCGUACCCACUGACCACUCUGCCGGCGAGAUACCCAAAUGGCACUGGAUGUCCAUGGACGAGACGGUCGGGAACAACAUGCGGUUCGCGAAAACCCGCGUCGACCUUCAUACUCCCAUCAGAAUCGGAGUGGAAAGCCCCAACUUCACGCCAAUAGGGCCGGCUAGGUUGAAUCGGAGCUGCCAUGGAAGCUUUAGCCUCCAAGAUUUACAGUCAAAUCUUCAGCGUCCGGGAGUAAAAGAUCCGACUUACAAGAUAAAGGACUUCAUACUUGGACUGCAAACAGGUCAAUAUGUUAAUGUCAUAGCACAAGCAACGGUUAUCAAGGUGCCCGGGAUAUCUGCUAAAGAGGCAUUACUGAGUCCGGGAAAUUUACUUGAAUGUGAGAUGACCGCAUUUGACGAGAUAUGGGGACUAUUCGUCAGCCUAUGCUCAGGGGUGAUGACUCGUGUCAGGCUUCGCGACCUGGUCGCAUUCAUUUGCUCCCUUGUGCCUGAGAAGACUCCCCGAUUGCCUGGCAGAUCUCAGCAAGAAUCGUUCCGUUCUUUCGUGGGGGCACUGGGAGGGCAAGAAAGCCUUAUAGACUGGCUCGAUUCUAUUGCCCAGGAGCCCAAAAGGGGCAACCCCAAUCCUGAGGAAUCUAUAUCAAAAUUGCAAGAGCGUGUUCUGGCCUUGUUCCGGGACGUUUUGGCCAUGCUCAAAGAUACAGGUAUAUCAAGAGACGGAGAUCUCCUGGUGAUGGUUCUCACCAAAGAACUCAAGCCGGGUGUGUUGACCCUGUCUGCUCAACAUCACCCUUGGACCAAGAUAUUAAGCGACUCGUCCACAACGGCCACCUUUGCCUGCGUAUCUCCCCGGUGCUUUGAAACUGUGGACAGCAGAUGUCAGAAUGGUCAACAGAUGCGCCCACGCCAGUUUCAACUGUCAACAAAACUAAACACCUUUAACCGGUAUUAUGGGGAAGGAGAAAGCUCUUCGGGGGCUCUCCAGGUUGGAAAAAGAUACUGCAUCAACACGUAUCACUUGGACAUGAUAGCAAGAGUGGACAAACUACAUGGACAUCCUUCCGAAGAGCAAUCGUUUUAUUCGGUCUCGGCCAGGAGAUGCCUUGUGCCACUGCGCAUCACCCAACACAUUCAGAAAAAGGAAGAAUUGAGAGAGGAAAACUCGAGGACUGCUGCGAAGUGUGUCAUUGCGGGCGUUAACUAGUCAUAUGUUAGUACAUGGAAGACUACUUCUCGACUCUUUCUUUUCAAUUCUGUCCAAGUACGAAGUAUAAAGGAGACAAGCUCGCAUAGGUACAGCAAUAUGGUGAAUCCGCCCAUGCCUCAACCCUAACCCCGAUCCCACCGUGCACCACCUUGCUAUAUUAAGAUCCAUC